CCGCUGUUGCUUCCGCAUCACCCAUUCCCUUUUUCCUUUCUUGCGCCAUUUCCCACCGCCGCCGCCGCCGCCCGCGCGCGCGCGAGAUCUCGCCGGCGAUCUCGCCGGAGGCGAUGCCGGUGACGGAACACCAGGGCUCGUCGUCGUCCCCGUCGACCUUCUCCUUCGGCCGCUCCCUCCUCUCUCUGCGCCGCGACCACGUGGCCAUGCCGUCGGGCGAGGAGGCCGACCUGGAGGCGUUCCAGCGCCAUUUCGCGGCGAGCCUCGGCGAGCUCCUGCCUGGGGAGGUGGAGGGGGGAGGCGGCGGUGGUGGUGGUGGUGGUGGUGGUGGAGGGGAGGAGAUCUUGUCCGUGGCGUGGAUCCGGCGGCUUCUUGAGGCGUUUAUUCUGUGCCAGGAGGAGUUCCGGGUGUUCGUGGCGCAGGCGCGACGCCGCGGCGCGCUCCCGGCGGCCGGGGAGAAGCUGGUGGUGGAGUUCCAUGAGAGGGCGGUCAAGGCGCUCGAUGUGUGCAACGCGGCGAGGGAUGGCGUUGAUCAGGUGAGGCGGUGGGAGCGGCUCGCGGACAUCGCGGCGUCCGUGCUGCUCGCGCCGGGGGAGAUCCACGAGGGCCAGCUCCGCCGCGCGCGCAAGGCGCUGUCCGAUCUCUCUGUGCUGCUCGUGGACGACACCGCGGCGUCCGGGAGCGGUGGCGUCGCGUCGUUCCUCGCGUCCCACCGCAACCGCUCCUUCGGCCGCGCGCGCGCGUCCCCGUCCCGCGCGUCGUUCGCCGGCGCCACCUCCUCGUCCCACUUCCGCUCCCUCUCGUGGAGCGUGUCCCGCGCGUGGUCGGCGUCGCGGCAGCUGCAGGCGAUCGGGGCCGGCCUGGCCGCGCCGCGCGCGCACGAGGCGGGCCUCGCGGCGCCCGUCUACGCCAUGGGCUGCGUGCUCCACCUCGUCGCGUGGGCGCUCGUCGCCGCCGUCCCGUGCCCCGACCGCUCCACCGCGCUCCAGGCGCACCACCUCCCCGCGGCGCCGGCCCGCGCCGCGUUCCCGUGGGCGCCGCCGCUCCUCACCCUGCAAGAACGCCUCGCCGAGGAGGGAAAGCGCAAGGACAGGCGCAACUCCUGCGGCCUCCUCAAGGAAAUCCAUGUCCUCGAGAAGUCCACGCAGAAGCUUACCGACGCCAUCGACGCGGCGCCGAUCCCGCUCUUCGGCGACAGGGAGGCCGACGUGCGGGAGGCCGCGGCGGAGCUCGCCGCCGUGUGCGCCGCCAUGAGAGACGGGCUCGAGCCGCUCGAGAGGCAGGUGCGCGAGGUGUUCCACCGCAUCGUGCGCAGCCGCGUCGAGGGCCUCGACUCCUCCAUGCGCAAUGCCGAUUGAUCCAUCCAUCGAUCGAUCGAUCGAUCAGAAUUUCUCGUUUUGAUUGGGCAACGUGUUGGUCCUAGGUAGAUUUCUUGUUCUUGAUCUGCUUUGUUUGAGUUCCAAUCGUAAUCGAGUAUAAAUGUGUACUUUCGUGUAAAGAAAAGGGGAUUAGAGAGGGCCAUCAUAAUGUAAAGAUGGCUGCUUUGUUCCUGUGCUCUUUUUUGUUCUCCUGCAUUUGGUAUAUAUAUCUCAUCAAUUUUUUGUUCGUCA